UAACUGAAAAUGGAUUAGUCCCAGCUGAUUUUCUCACCAUGUAGCUUGAGUUUCAGAAGAGAUUAAUGAGAACACAAACGUAAUAAGCCCUGAUUGGCUGACCACCGUCAUGCAUGUCUAAUGCAGGUCCGGCUGGACCCCGGGUGCCUGAGGAUAGGAGUGGCUCCUGCUGAAUUUUGCAUCUCACCACCACCAUCAUCACCAUCACCGUCGCCACAGUCCUGCACUUCCCCCAACUGGACCAUCGACGUCUCGGACGUCAGAACUAUCAAGGUGACAAACAUACCGCUCUCCGCCACCGCGGAGAACAUGAAGGAGUUUUUCUCCUUCUCCGGCGAGAUCGAGUACGUCGAGAUGCGAAGGUCCGCCCCCCUGCUCAAUUCCUUCAUCCCUUUUGCAUUCCUGUCUCCCUGCUAUUGCCCAUGUCCUUUUCUUCUCUGUUCUAAAUCUCGUGGCAGGGACUCGGAGACGUCUCAGGUGGCUUAUGUCACCUUCAAGGAGUUCCAUGGAGCGGACACGGCUCUGCUCCUCUCCGGAUCAAGCAUGUGUGGCGAUGUUCCAGUGAACAUCACACCGGUGGAAGACUAUGAGCUGCCGCCGGAAGCCUACUCCAAUACAGAACCCGGAAACAGCUCGCCGGGGACGCCGACCGGGGCGGCGGUGAGGAAGGCGGAGGACGUGGUGAGCACGAUGCUGGCGACGGGCUUCGUGCUGAGGAAGGACGCGCUGCGGCGCGCGCAGUCCUUCGACGGGUGGCACCAGCUGCUGUCGUCGGCGACGUCGCGGGUGGCGUACCUGGACCGCCGGCUCGGGCUCAGCGACAAGUUCAGCGUCGGGACGGCCGCGGCCCGCGGCGCGGCGCACGGCGUGGACGAGCGGUUCCAGGUCACGGAACGCGCCUGGGGCGCGUUCGCCGCCGCGGGGGAGGUCGUGGCGGGGUCCCCCUACGCGUCACGCGGCGCUGCGUGGGUGUCGGCGGCGGUGGGCGCCGUCGCCAGGGCCGCGUCCGACGUCGGCGCCAUGACCAUGGAGAAGGUGGGGAGGGCCGAGGGGGAGGGAACCGCCGCGGACGGCGUGGAGGAGGCGGAGCAGGCGCACGCGGCGCGCGUCGACGUGCAUGACGCGCGUGCAGGCGGCGGGGCUCGGCAAGGAGAUGGGCAUGACCAUAAGGAUAAGGCAGCGUAGAAGUAAAAAAAAAGUGGUACAAUAGUAGUAGUU